AUGUACAUUCCACAGAAACGCGAUCUCAGCCACAAGAAUAGUGUCUUCAUCAUUUGCGCCUCGGUCAUUGUCUUCGUUGUCGCCGUCUGCUUUUGUGUCUAUUUCGGCGCCCGAUGGCUUCGGCAGCGCUACUACGAGCCCAAGUACAUUCCGGGGCAGACCUUGAAGCAGAAAUGGAAGCAAUGGUGUCCUGGAACCUCCUCUUAUGGGCAGGUCCCGAGCCAAGGUUGUCAAAACAAUGACACCUCCUAUCAGGGUGCCAGCCCCGAGAUGGCGGUCGCGAACAAUCGCAAUGGCAAUGCGGGUCCGCAUCGUGAAACGUCCGUCCGGUCGAUCAUGACAUUACCACCUUACUCGGUGAGCCCGAAACCAACUGAACAAAUUAUCGCCCGCGAGGGUGAACGCGCCGGCAUGGAUCGGGUCGUGGAAUUCCCGGAGACGGUCGAGGAACAAGAAACACGCCGUGAAGAUCAAAUGGAAGCGCUCUAUCAACUGCGGGUCCAGCGGCGGCAGGAACUCGACGACCGCGAGGCUCGCCGUCGCGAACGCCGGGAGGCCCGGGAAAGAGGUGAUUCAAUUCGUCUGGAGCAGUUGAAUCAAGAAUCUCGCGCCCGGACCCGCCAGCGCCGCGAGGCCGCCGAAAGCAACCCUUCGAUCAGCGCGGCGGCAAUCAUCGCUGAACACCAGUCCCGCGAAAGGGAACGGCGCAUCUCCAGUGUCAGUUACGCUGAUAUCGGUCACGUUCGACAUGAUGGAUCACGGGUUCGACGUGAUUCAUACGCCUCGGAUUCCGAUCGCAACCCACUUCUCCAGAGUCUUGCUAUGCCUGCGUCAUCAUCGUCGUCGUUGAUGGAUGCCCCCAGCACCAACUCACGCGUUUCUCCCCUGGCACACGAAGAAGGAGAUCUGGGUAUCCUUAACACCCUCCCGCCACCCGAUUACGAUCACCAUGAUUGGCGUGACAGGGAUCAAGUCGAAACAAGGCCGACAGGCGAUAGUUAG